UUAAGAAUUAAAAUGUGUCUCCCUUUCCCUCUUUCAAGUUGUACUCCACCUCGCAGUCUUCACUCUACUGAGUUCAACCUUUCCAUCAUCAAUCACGCUUCAAUCUGCAACCCCAUUCUUCAAAAGAUAGGAUCUUUGUUUUCAAUUGUGAUUCAGUGGAAAACUUGUUCUUAAGUGGGAAUUAGAGCUUCUAGAUUUUCCUUUGUAUUGGGGAUUUUUUUUGGCAGACUGUGAUCUUAUGGAACUUGACAGGUUAAAUACCCCAACCACGUUUGAAAUGCCGUUGGAGGUUUUGGGUCAUGAGUUGCAGUUUUCUCAGGAUCCCAAUUCCAAGCACUUAGGAACUACUGUAUGGGAUGCAUCACUUGUGUUUGCCAAGUUUCUUGAACGGAAUUGCAGAAAGGGAAGGUUUUCACCUGCUAAACUUAAAGGGAAACGUGUCAUUGAACUAGGAGCUGGCUGUGGUGUUUCUGGGUUUGGCAUGGCUUUACUGGGGUGUGAUGUCGUAGUGACCGACCAAAAAGAAGUUCUACCGUUGUUACAAAGAAAUGUUGAGCGUAAUGUUUCAAGGGUCAUGCAAAAGAGUCCUGAGUCAUUUGGUUCAAUCAAGGUUUCAGAGCUUCAGUGGGGAGACGAUAGUCACAUUAAAGCUGUUGAUCCUCCAUUUGACUACAUUAUUGGCACUGACGUUGUUUAUGUAGAGCAUCUACUGGAACCCCUAUUGCAGACAAUACUUGCUUUAUCUGGACCUAGGACUACAAUCUUGUUGGGCUAUGAGAUCCGUAACACACAGGUCCAUGAGAAGAUGCUUCAGAUGUGGAAAGAAAAUUUUGAUGUGAAGACUGUCUCGAAAUCUAAGAUGGAUGAAACAUAUCAACAUCCGAGUAUUCAACUCUUCAUUAUGGGAUCAAAACUUUCGGCAGAGUGCAGAGAGAAAUCAGGUCAGGCUACUUCUGGAAAAGAUGAUCUCGAAAUUGGCAUGGAGGAUAAAAACAGUGAGGAAAAUGUUGUUAUAGAAGGAUCUGGUCAUGUUGAAGAAAAUGUUGAGGAUCAUGCUAAGUCAAUCCCCCAAAAUGGAAAGCUUAGUGAGUGGGAAGCCAGAAGGUAUGGCGCAGUGGCUGCAAGGAUUUUGCGAAAUGUAAAAAUAUCCUAGUUCUGAGAAUUGCUCCCAGAGGUUUUUGGUCAUAUGAAAUAUGGUAGUGGUCAUGUGUUUUACUAGUUAGAAAAGGCAUUGGUUGUUGUGGCUGUUAUUGCAUCCAUUAUUUCAUUAACUAGUCAUAUAUUUAGAUUUGGGUGUUUGAA